AUGUCCCUUCAAUCUUACAUUAAUAAAAAAAUCCUUGUCCUCACGGUGGACGGCCGCACACUAAUAGGCACACUCCUGUCAACAGACCAGCUCACAAACCUCGUCUUAUCACAAACAAUCGAGAGAAUAAUUCGGACGCCAGAUGACCCAGAGCCCAGCUCGGAGGUAGAACAUGGCCUCUACUUGAUACGAGGGGAUAACGUGGUGAUUUGCGGGGAGAUAGACGAAGAGGUGGAUGAGAAGAUAGAUUGGUCGAAGGUCAAGGGUGAGGUGGUCAGAAAUACAAAGAACGCUUGA